CGUCCGAGGUUGCCAGUUCGCUCGAGACUCGGCCGGUGUGUGGUUCGUUCGGGCGUUCCGUCGACGCUCGCACGACAGCGAGAACGUUUUGUCGGUGUGUUUCUUUAUUCGUUUUCUCGGUCGCGGUUCGUCUGUCGUUUCAGUGAUCGUCAUCCUCGAUCGCUCCCCUUUGCCAGUCCCUUUCCGGGACCUUUCCGAUGACAGUCGGUCGUUCGGGGAAAGAACACGAUCGUGGUUUCACGUCCGUGGCUCGAUCGCGGCGAAGAUCGUGAAGGCUCGAAAGAAACGCCAUCGUUGGUGGGAACGAGACGGUACACGGGGAGAGAGAGAGAGAGAUAGAGAGAGAGUGAUAGAGGGAGAGAAAGAGGGAAAAGGUGGAGAAACACAAAAGUGAGACAGAGAGGGAGAGAGAAAGUUAAAAGUCCAUGUGUGCAAGUGACGAGGUGUUCGCGCGCAUACGGGUGCAGUGGGCUUCUUGACAGUGUCGAAUCAACAAGUGUCGCGCACGGAGCGUCGAUGCGCGCGGUGUGUGUGCGCGCGCGCGUUUCUAACCUCAUCCUCGAGAUCGGUUCGGCACGGUGUACGAUCUGAACGCGGCAAGCCCUCGUUGUACCCCAGUGCUCGCGUUUCGCUCGUGCAAGCUGUGAGAGACGGCUCGGUGUUCGCCUCGUGGCGGCCGUAAUCGAUGUGAUAUUCGUGCUUUUCCAUUCGACGUGCCCUUGGAUACACGUUACGUCGCCGAUCCGGUGGCUGCGUCUCUCCCAACGUCUCAAGAUGGAAGUCGUUUACAUAGAUGAACGAGAAGACGUGCAGAAGAAAACGUUCGCGAAAUGGAUCAAUUCGCAGCUGCUCAAGAAUCAGCACGAACCGAUUACAGACUUGUUCGUCGACUUAAGAGAUGGCAAUCGCUUACUGUCCCUUUUAGAAGUCCUCACGUCUAAAGUUUAUAAAAGAGAACGUGGUCGAAUGAGAGUCCACCAUCUCAACAAUGUUAACAAAGCAUUGCAAAUUCUCGAACAGAACAACGUGAAACUUGUAAAUAUUAGUAGCAACGAUAUCGUUGACGGUAAUCCUAAGCUAACUUUGGGAUUAGUAUGGAGUAUUAUUUUACACUGGCAGGUACAUUAUCAUUUGAAGGAUCUGAUGACAGAGUUGCAACAAACGAAUUUGGAAAAAACACUUUUAGCAUGGUGUCGUCAGAAUUCACAGAAUUACCCUGGAGUUGAUAUUAAAAAUUUCACUACGUCUUGGUCGGACGGUCUUGCCUUCAACGCGAUCCUUCACAGACGAAAACCACAUCUAUUCGAUUUUAAUAAUAUAGCCCGCAAACACCCUAACGCCAGGCUAGACCAUGCUUUUCGAAUUGCUCAGGAACAGCUGGGCAUCGAACGGCUGUUGGAUCCCGAGGAUGUGAAUACAUCCGUACCAGACAAAAAGUCGAUAAUGAUGUACGUUAUGUGCCUCUUCCAAUCGCUACCUCAUUCCGGAGACGACAUAGGCGAGCUAGAUCUUUCAGUAGCUAGUGAUGGUAGCCCAGUCACGACGCCAGGAGCUGAGAACCCAUUAUCCUUCACUAAUUUCGGGACACCGGCAUCGAGACCAAUGAGUCUAGCCACGAACGUGUCCGUGGAGCUAGGCGGUUAUCAAGUCGCACUCGAGGAAGUUUUAACUUGGCUCUUAGAGGCAGAGGAUAAACUGAGCCAUGCUCCGGAACCGGGCUCAAGCCUGGAAGUGCUGAAGCAACAAUUUCACGAACAUGAGACAUUUUUAAUGGAACUGUCCGGACACCAGGAUGGAGUCGGUGCUGUGUUGGAGGAAGGUGCAAGAUUAUUAGCAGAAGGUGGCUUACACAAAGACGAGGAACACGAAGUUCGUGUUCAAAUGUCGUUAUUGAAUUCCCGGUGGGAAGGGCUUCGCAUGCGGGCAAUGGAGAGACAAACUAAAAUUCAUGAGGUUCUGAUGCAGAUGCAACAGGGCCAGUUAGAUGCGCUCAGACAAUGGUUAACAAGAACCGAAGAUAGAAUUUCGCGAAUGGCGGCUGCUGAAUUGAAUCCAUCUGCCCUGGAGAAACAUCUGAAUCAAUUAAGUGAAUUAGAGCAAGAUAUUCAGGCGCAGCAAGGAGUUGUCGAUGGCAUGAGGAACAUGGUGGUUGUUGUGGACGAGGAAAACUCGGAAGCGGUUUACGCUCAAAUGGAGGAUCAAUUAUCCGCGCUCGGUGAACGAUGGACGCAUAUCUGUAAGUGGAAAGAGGAAAGAAGGCAACGGCUGCAGUCCCUUUCCCUGCUUUGGCAGAGCAUAAAUGAUGACUACAAGAGAUUGGUCUCGUGGUUAAAUGAAACUGAAAUCACAUUGAAACAAAUGGAAGCUAAUCAAGCGUCCGAGAUCGGGGAAGUAUUGGAGAGAAUUAAGAAGUUGCAAAUACUAAAAAUAGAAAUGGAUGCAAAUCAGAAGAAAUUGACCUCUUUACAAGAGUCAGUCCAAGAGUUAGAGGGUCAGAGCACUUCCUCCGAGUGCGUUAACAUAUUGCAAGAUAUCGAGAACCUCCAGGACAGAUGGGAAGCAGUGGGGCAAAUAAUGGAAGUUCAUGCUCAAAGGAUAACGAGUUCAGGAUUUGAGUUCGAUUUGAAAUCCGAGAGGGAAAUGAUGGUAACUUCCGGUAAUGAAUGGAUGUCCGAGACAGUAACAAGUAUCGCUUAUAAAGAAGAAAUUACCGCGACGUCUACGCCUCAUAGUGACUCAAAGAAACGUAGAAUGGAUAGUAUAGCUAGACACGAAUUUGAGUCCGCGCUCAAUAAUCUGUACAAAUGGCUUGAUUACGUCGAUCUGGAAAUUGGACGAUCUGAGGGGGUAUUCGAUCAAUUAAGUGUUGAAGAAAAGAAAGUAGUCUACAAUGACAUGAUAGUUGAUACGGAGUCGCAUAAAGAUGAUUAUAAUCGUGUUUUGCAUUUGGGAAAGCAACUUCUUGAGGAAUUGGAAAACAUGAACGAAUCGACAGAAGCGGAAGAAUCGAAGCUGAAAGACGUUCAGAAUUGUUGGCUGGCAAUUAACAAUCGGUUGGAUGAAAUAAAAUGUCGAAUAGAAUACCUUGAAGAAAUAAAGAAGUUCAGAACUGAAUUGGCUAGUUUGAAUUUGAUGUUGGAUAGCUACUCCAAAUGGUUGGACUCAAAUAAAGGGAACAGCCAAGUUGAACCAUUUAGGGUAAAAAUGAAAUCAAUGAAGUCUCACGAAGAACGCAUUAAAAAACUGAUGGAGAAAACCACUGAGUUGUCGAAAAAUUCAGUCGGUACCAAUGAGAGCUGUAACUUGAAUGUAGAUGUACAAACUUUCGUUUCAAGUUGGGAAACAUUGUAUAAAACACUAUCCGAAAAAUUAGCCGAAAUAAAUGAAACCGUAGAUAAAACUCCGCCAAAAAAAUACACGGAGUCAAUUGGUAAUCUUACCUCUUUCAUUAACAAUGUGGAGAGCACAUUGUUGUCAGAGCAUAUAGUAAUGUCAGAUGACCAGACUAUGGCGGAGCAGUUAAAGAAAUUCAGUAAUCUCCAGGAGUCUCUAAAAGAGCACCAAGAGAUUUUUAAUUACGUUAAUAGCGUAGGACAUGAAUUAAUCAUGAAAACGAGUGGAGACGCUCAGGGGCAGAGACUCAAGGAUGAAUUGCAAGAUCUUAAUACAAAAUGGAGCGAUAUACCUAUAAUAUUAGAAGAACGUCAGCAAAACUUGUUGAAAGAUAUUGAAUUAUUGAAACACUUCAAUAAUGAACUUUCUGAACUCGAGUAUUGGCUUGAGGAAUCGUAUCAACGCUUAGAGGAGUUAUCAAAAGACAAUGUAACUAACGACGUUGAGGCUAUCGAGCAUAGAUUAAAACAGGUUCAAUCUCUUUCCGAUCGUAUAAAUCAAAAGAAACCGAAAAUAGAGAAACUUCAAACAUCAACGAACAGAUUACUCGAGAAUUCCGAACCAAAGUUUGCCAGCGUGUUGAACAAUAAAUUAGAAGUUAUAUCGCAUAAGUGGAAUGCUAUUGUAGACGGUGCUAAAAGUUUAAACGAUAAGUAUGAAGAGACUUUAAAGAAGAAUGACGAGAUAAUAAAUGGAAUAGAAGACUUUACAAAGUGGCUAUCAGCUUUAGAGAAAGAAAUACCAGCUGAAACAAAAAUAACAUCCUCAGUCGAACUGUUCCAAGUUCGUGGUCGAUAUCAGUUAUUGAAAGAAAAGAUUGAUAAACGAGUAGAGGAAUUUAGGAAUCUUAAUGAAAUGGGUAAUGAUAAACUGUUAAGCUCAGAAGGGUCUUCGGUACAAGAACUUGGUAGACGUUUUACAUUCUUAAAUGCUCGAUGGACUGACGUUACGGAUCGUAUUUACGAGCGGUAUAGACACUUGCAAAACGCUAGUCAUGAGUAUGGCGAAUUUCGUGCUCUGGUUGCACAAGCAAGUGACUGGUUGGAUAAGUUAGACAAACGACUUAAGAGGUCCACAGAAAGCGCCGCUGACGCUGAAGAAAUUUCAGAAGAACUCGAUGAUUUGGAGAAUUACAUACGAAAUCAUCCAGAAAUGAGACUCGAAAAAAUCCAAGAGAUAGGUAAACAAUUGAUUGUAAGUAACAUCAUGACCCAGUCUAUUCAAACAGACGUGGAAAGCUUGACAAACCGUUGGGAAAGUUUAAAUAAUCAGGCAGGGCAGCGGGCCAAGCUGCUGGAAGGAUCAGUGAAGCAAGCACAGCAAUCAGAAGGACGCAUUCGUGCUCUUCAAGACUCCUUAACGCAAAUAGAUUCUGAAUUAACUGCACUUCUUGACUGCGACCUUACUGCUGAUGAUUUGCCUCAUGAUUAUCAGAAAUUAAUGGAGAAAAUGGAGCAUCAACAAUCAACGCUACAUGAUAUGGCGAUGCAAAUUGAAUCGUACAAAGCCGCUGGAAAGCAGGAAGUUGCGCUUAGAUUACAAGAACAGUUGUGUCUUAUAGAACAAACAUUUUCCGAGGUACAAAAGAAGUUUCAGCGUUUCCGCUGUCCAACGAAUUUGGAGCCAAGAUUAUCUAGAGCUUUGCGAGAACUGAGAGGAAUCGAAGAAGCGACUUGUUUGCUGGAGUUGUCUUCAGAAGAUCCAGAAGCCAUUGAUGGCCAACUUAAACAUUGUUUGCGUUUUUACCAAACAUUAAGUGAAAUUAAAAGUGAAAUUGAAAAUAUCAUUCUCACUGGUAGAAAAUUGGUUGAAGAGAAAAGUGUUGUUGAACCAGAGAAAUUUUCCAAACGGAUUGAUAUGUUGAAAGAAUUGUAUAAUAAGCUGGGAUUACACAUAACAGAAUCAAAGUCAUCUUUGGAAACAGCUUUAGAUUUGUCACGUGAUAUCUAUAAAAAUAUGUCCUACCUUAAUAUGUCCAUAGAUAGCAUUAAUAAAGAAUUAGAUAAACAAAAGAAUAUGCCUGAUUUACCUGUCAUUGCUAUAUACGUGCGAGAAACUAUGACAGAAGUAAUCCCAAGAUUAAAUGUUGUGAAAGAUAAGUUAUUCAAAUCCCAAGAAGAAUUUUCUAAGCUUUGUGACCCAAUGUAUCUGGAGCAACUUAAGGAGAAAUUGUCAGAUAUUGCAACCAGAUUAGCAAACACUGAAAAAAGAUUAAAACAUUGUAGUGCUACAGAGGAAGAACCUAAUGUUGACGAAAUAAAUGCAUGGCUCUUACAAGUUGAAGAAAAAUUGAAUGAAUUGGAUACUGUUCCAGUUGAUCAGUUGACAGAAAAUCAUUUUGAGCAAUGCAAGGCUGUCCAAAGUGAAAUGAUAGAAGCAAAGCCAAAGGUUAAUCAGUUGCAGCGUUGUACUUAUUUUCCGAAAGUAGCUGAAGUGUGCAACAAGUGGGAAGAAAUAUCAAAUAGAAUACAAGAAUGGAUCCACAAAAUCACAGACAAUUUAUUAAUAAAAAGUAAAGCGGGAGAAACUAAGGGGAGAGACAAUUACGGACGCAUUAAACUGUCUAGACAACCGGAACAAACUUCGGUGCAGCUAGUUAAAAAAGAAAAUAAAUUAGUAGAUAAGAAUGAGGAAAUAUACGGGAUAGGAUACCUAAAUCCUGCAUUUGACGAUAAUCAGAUUAACGUUAUAAGUACACCCGAAACCUCGCCAGUCGAUAUAGUUCAUAGAAGUCGGAAGUCUUCCGCAAAGUCUGAGAAAGUAAAGACUAAAGUUGUAGAUGUUAGUAGAACCGUUAGACGGAAAUUAGACAUGAGUUCUAUACCGGAUGUCGUUCAAACUUCUCAGCCGCAAGUUGUUCAUAUUGACGAUGAUAUACCCUCUUCAUCCCCCGACGCAGAUUUGUACAUGCCCGACGAAGAAUUCUUUUUAUCAAAAAAUAGUACCUUAUUCUCCCAAGUAUCCACCAAUACAUUGGUAACAACUGAUUCAAAACCGUACGACGAAUACAGUGCACAAACGAAUCCCUUCCGUAUUGUAGAAGUGAAAGAAAUGGAAAUCAAAAAGUCUGUUGCAUCCCCUGAAGACCAUGUAAUAUUGCCAAGCGCAAAUGUCAGUGUAGGAUUAAUGCCACAAGUCGUUGAGAGAGUAGAAAUUGUUGAGGAUACAGAGACAGAGCCGGAAUCGGUAGAUACUGACACCGAGGAUAAAGAAGCUAGAGGAAAAAUUUGUACUGGAGGGCAAAUCAUUAACAAGAAGAGAGAGCUCAUUCCUAUUUUAAAGAAAACCAAGUCGAUAGAUCCAUAUUCUGCUAAAAAUCUAAAAAAAUUAACUCUUAAAUUAGACACUGAAGGGGUACCCUCAAAUAGUCAGGUUUCAAGUAGCAAAUUCAUUAAGGUAGAAAGUAGUAAAACGUCAUCGAAUGUACAGUUGUAUUGCAAUGUAAAUAGAACUAAAGAAGGUGUAUCGUAUACGUGGAAAGACAAAGACAGUGUCGCCGAAUAUCUUAUCCUCGAGGAAACUGAAACGAAAUCAAAGUUGAGCGCAACAUCUGAUAGAGACAUUGAGAUUUCUAAAAUACGUUCGAAUGAGAAAGACAACUUUGAUUCUGAAAAGAGCACUCGAGCUUUGUUAUAUAGACGCGCAAGAAGUAUGUCCAAAGAUGAUACGUUAGAAGACUGUGAAAGUUUUUACGGGAGUGAUAAAGAAACCGACGAUAUUUUAAUUUUUUCUGACGACACAGAAAUUGAUGUUGGAAGUUCCAGUUCAGAAGGGGAAGACCUAAAUUUAGGAGAAAAUGUUGAACACCUCUUGGACAAGAUACAAGCUGAAAGGUUAACGCAGGAAUCGCAACAGAAGGCUGAGACGAAGGUUUCAGGCGUUAAGAAUAUUUAUAAGAGAUGUUUAUCCAGAACAGGUCUGGAAAAAUGUAUUUUGGAGUUUGAACAGGCUGCUCAAAAAAUGUUGCAUAGAAUGGAUGUUAUGUUUAUGAGCAUUAGUGGCAUUAUUAAUGAAAAAGACCCUACAAAGCGUCUUGAGGUACUAGAAGGUGAAGUUAGUACUCUUGCACCAGACGCAGCAGCGUUAAUUAGCAAAGGCGAUGGUCUAGUCAUGACAGUGCACACAUCUGAUCCUGUUAGGGCUGAGAAGAUAAAGAAUGAACAUCAGGAUAAGUUAAGGAGUAAAUGGCAUCAAGUUAUGUCAGAGAUCGAAACGAGGAGAAUACAAGCACAACGCGGCGAAGAAAUGCUACGACAAUAUAAUAACAUAAUAGCAGACUUUGAAGAUUGGUUUAGGGAUGUCCCCUUGAAACUUGAACAAGUGAAUAACUAUGAAGGUCAGUUGGAGUCGUUCACAGCAGAAUUUGAUACUAAGCAAGAGCAGAUUCAUAAAUUAAAUGAUCUGGCCGUCGAAUUAAAAAGAUUAAACGUUGGAUACUCCGAAACUAUACGAUAUAGUAUUAAUAGUAGAUGGCAGGAAGUUAGCUCUCAGUUUAAAAGAUAUAGCGGUAGCAAGGAUAAAGAUAAGCAUGUCACUGAUAAGAAAGUGGAAGUGGAUGUAGGCAGGAUUGACUUGCAAGAAUUUACCACGAGAGUUAAUAAGAUUAGGGAAGCUGUCGUGACUGUGACCAGAUCUCUAAAUUCAAUGCCAUUGAAUGGCGAUGAUUAUGAGAUGUUCGCGAACCAAGAAGAUUGCUUAAAAAAGAUUAGUAAUGCUUUGAAUAUUCUUAAACCGAGUAUUGAAGAAAGUAACUCGGUUUUUGAAAACGUUGCUUCUCAAUUAAGAAGAGAUCAAGCUGAACAGAUAAGACGUUUGAGUGAUAAAUUGCGAGAAGAAUGGAUUAACGUUAAUCAAAGUUACGUAGAAAGAUACAAUCGUUGGAAUAAGUGUUACGACAAAUGGAAAGAACUCUGCCACACAUGUAGGAGUUUCUCCGAGUGGCUAGAUAAAACAGAAGAGUCUUUAAAGAAAGUAAAUCCUACCGGUCAUUCCAAAUCAUCAAAGACAAAAUUAUAUGAAUUGGAACAAGAGAUUUCUAGAAUGCAAAGGACUGUGAAUAAUAUCAACGUUACGAGUGCCAGUAUUUUCUCUCGUUCCAAAGUUGAAGACAUGAUUGAGCUAAAAGACAUGAUCGAAAUGAUAAAGCGCCGUUGGCAAAAUCUAGUGGCUGAUUUAAAUACAAGAAAAGAAAAGAAUUUCGCCAUGGAAAGAAAAGUAAGUACUGAAGGAAGAAUUUUAGAUAGUGCUUACAACAUUUUGGAGCAAAUAAAUUCCUUACUGGUGUCUGCAGCAAAUCCAUCAGAUGAAACCUCUCUAUCAAUAAGACUGUCACUAAUCAAAGCAAAACAAGAAGAACUUUCUUCUUGUAAAAGAGCAUUGCAAAAUCUAGUACAUCAAAAUGCUAUACCUCCAGGAGAAGAUGAAUGUAAUAAAUUACUUGCUGAUAUGGACAAGGCCAAUUCAAAUCUCUCGAAUCAUCGUGAAUACGUCGAAAGUAAGCUUGCUUCUCUUAAGAAGUAUGUCUGCACUCUCGAUGCUGUUAUGGCAUGGGUCAUGGAAACUCGAACUCGAAUCAGUAUAUCUCGAGAGUUGACCGAACAAGAGCGAAUUGAAGUUAUUAACAAUGUCAUGACUAAAGUAGAAGACCGCGAAAUGGAAGUAAAAGAUGUAUUGGAAAAUUACACUAACUUAGAGAAAGAAUGCGAAUCUGCGAAACAACCAAUCUCCGUGGAAUUGCAAGAGAAACUGAAGAAACUAAGAGAAGACUGGCAAUUUGUCAAAUGCAGUGGUGAUUCGCAGGGACCUGAGAUCAAAUCGGCAACGGCAGCUGCGAUUGCGACCAAGGAAUUACUAGAAGUCGAGAGAAGUGCAGGAGCUGCACCGGGGGCGGCGGCGGGUGCAACUGCAGGGGGCCCUCGGGGGUUGGCACCUUCCCCUGCCCCCUCGACACCAUCGACCGCAAGCAACACCGCCAGCGCUAGCCCGUCGGACUCGACCUCCUCGUCCUCGGCCUCUCCUAAACCUUCUUCUCCGCUCUCCGCCGACGUAGCGGGCUUUGACAAAUCGGUGCUACAGAUACGCGAUUGGUUAACCGUUGAAGAAAUGUCGCGACAACAGGCUGUGGUUGUCGGCGAUGUCGACAAAAUUAUGCAGAUGAUAGACAAACAGAAGAAUGUUUUACGGGAGCUGGAGAAGAAAAAGCCGCAGCUGGACGAGCUGGUUCACACCGCAGAAAACCUUCGGGCGGACACGAACAGGCAGCAGCUGCACGGCAAAGCCUCGAUCCUGUUCGACGCCGCGACACGGAACUUCGUGUCCAUGCAGUGCAUCCUCAAAGUUACGAAGCUGAGGGAACACUGGGACGAGACGAACUCGAAAGUGAUGCAGAGGAAGACGCAGUUGGACGCGAUGCUCGGGGACAGCCAGCGAUACGAGGCGAAGAGGAACGAGGUGGAGGUAUGGCUCGCGCGAAUGGAAACCCGGCUGGAGAAAAUGCAGGCUGUGGGGCACACCGCCGACGUUCUCGAGGCGCAGCUCCGAGAACAAAAGUCGUUCCACGCGGAGCUGCACCAGUACAAGCGGCAGAUCGAACUGUUCAAUCAGCUCACGCAGAAGCUGAUCGCCGUUUAUCAGCAGGACGACACGACCCGCGUGAAAAAGAUGACGGAGACCAUCAAUCAGCGAUACAACAACCUCAACACCAGCAUUAUCAAUCGAGGAAAACUGCUGCACUCCGCGAUGAACUCCCUCCACAACUUCGACCGGUCCCUGGACAACUUCUUGGCUUGGUUGAGCGAAGCCGAGUCCUCGAUGGAGGGAUUGGAAGCGGAUGCCGAUCGACUGGGCGGACGACGGGACCAAGGCGCGCUCAGGCGACCGCAACAUCAACUCAAGGACCUCCAAUCGGAAAUCGAGACACACCGCGACGUCUACGCGUCCUUGAACGGCACAGGGCGAAAGCUGCUGAGCUCGUUGGCCAGUCAAGAUGACGCCGUUAUGCUGCAGCGGCGGCUGGACGAGAUGAACCAGAGAUGGCAUCACUUGAAGGCGAAGAGCAUGGCGAUAAGAAAUCGCCUGGAAAGCAACACGGAACACUGGAACGCCCUGCUGUUGUCGUUGCGCGAGCUCAUCGAGUGGGUGAUAAGGAAGGACACCGAACUCACCGGUCUUGGUCCUGUCUGCGGUGACGUGGCCGCAUUGCAAAAACAACAGGACGAUCAUCGCGGCUUUAGGAGGCAGCUCGAAGACAAACGACCGAUCGUCGAAAAUAAUUUGCUCAGCGGACGACAGUACAUUGCGAACGAACCGCCUUUGUCGGACACUUCGGACUCUGAAGCCGGAAGAGAAUUGGACGGUGAUUCGAGAGGCUACAGGAGCGCGGAGGAGCAGGCACGCGAAUUGACGCGCAGCAUUCGCCGGGAAGUGAACAAACUUUCGGAGCAGUGGAACGCCCUAAUCGAACGUAGCGAUGCGUGGAAGCGGAAACUCGACGACACCGCUAACAAAAUAUGUGUCUUCCAAAAGUUACUCGAGGACUUGUCCUCGCGGAUGGCCGGCGCCGAGGCGAUCCAGAGCGGCUGGCAAAAUCCGAGCGACGCGAACGAGGCGACAGAAUUGCUCGAGCAAUUGCAGAAAUUCGGCGAACGGCUGGUGCCCAUUCAGAGGAACAUCGAGGACGCGAACGAUCAGGCGAGCGUCUUCGUCUCGAGCAGCGUCAUCGUUUCUCAUGCUUUGCUGGCGAAACUCGAAGAUCUCAACACCAGGUGGAAGGUGCUGCAAGUGGCGGUUGACGAGCGUUACAAGUUGCUAAGCGGAUUUGGAAAGGAUGGCAGCACUCCGGGUAGCCAGGCUUUCCUCGCGAGCAGCGUGGAACCACCAUGGGAGAGAGCCCUCACACCCGCCAAAGUGCCUUACUAUAUCAACCAUCAGUCGGAGACCACCCACUGGGAUCAUCCGAAAAUGAUAGAGCUGAUGUCUUCUCUGGCGGAUCUGAACGAAGUACGAUUCUCGGCGUACAGGACCGCGAUGAAGCUGCGCACCGUUCAGAAACGAUUGUGCCUGGAUAUGUUGAGCCUCUCCACCGCAUUGGAACAGUUCGAUUCGCACGGGCUCCGAGCGCAGAACGACAAGCUAAUCGACAUACCGGACAUGGUGACAGUCCUGACGUCCUUGUACGAAGUGAUCACGGCUGACAAUCCGACGCAGGUGUCUGUGCCGUUGUGCAUCGAUCUGGCCAUCAAUUGGCUCCUCAACGUAUAUGAUAGUCAACGGACCGGCCAAAUCCGCGUGCUCUCCUUCAAGGUUGGCUUGGUCCUGUUGUGCAAGGGCCACUUGGAAGAGAAAUAUCGAUAUCUGUUCCGACUGAUCGCCGAUCCGAAUAGAUUGGUGGAUCAACGGAAACUGGGGUUGCUGUUGCACGACUGCAUCCAAGUGCCGAGACAGCUGGGAGAAGUGGCGGCAUUCGGCGGAUCGAACAUCGAGCCCAGCGUGCGUAGCUGCUUCGAGAAAGCCGGGAAGGACAAGAACGAGAUAGAGGCGGUGCACUUUUUGAGCUGGCUGCAGCAGGAGCCGCAAAGCAUGGUCUGGUUGCCUGUGCUUCAUCGACUCUCCGCCGCGGAGAGCGCCAAGCAUCAAGCGAAAUGUAACAUAUGCAAGGAGUACCCCAUCACUGGGUUCAGAUACCGAUGCUUGAAAUGCUUCAAUUUCGACAUGUGCCAGAACUGUUUCUUCUCGGGCCGCAAGGCGAAGAAUCAUAAACUGACGCAUCCAAUGCAAGAGUACUGCACUGCAACCACAUCUGGAGAGGACGUGCGCGACUUCACGAGGGCACUACGGAACAAAUUCAAGUCGAAGAGAUACUUCAAGAAGCAUCCGCGUGUCGGUUAUCUGCCAGUGCAGACCGUGCUGGAGGGCGACGCGCUGGAAAGCCCCGCGCCAUCGCCGCAGCACAGCUCCCUCAGCCAGGACAUGCACUCGCGACUGGAGAUGUACGCUUCCCGGCUGGCGGAGGUCGAGCUGUCGCGCACCAGGAGCAACUCGACGCCGGACAGCGACGACGAGCACCAGCUGAUAGCGCAUUAUUGCCAAAGCCUGAACGGCGGUGACAACGUCAACGUGCCGAGGAGCCCCGUGCAGGUGAUGGCCGCGAUCGACGCGGAGCAGAGAGAGGAACUCGAGGAGAUGAUCCGCGAUCUAGAAGAGGAGAACGCAACGCUCCAAGCGGAGUACGAACGACUGCGAUCGAAACAGACGCCGGGCUCCACGCCUGAAGAUGGACACGGCAACCGACAACCCAACUGCGACAUGAUCGCCGAAGCGAAACUGUUGAGACAACACAAGGGCAGACUCGAAACGCGCAUGCAGAUACUGGAGGAUCAUAACAGGCAGCUGGAGGCACAGCUGCAGAGACUUAGACAGCUUUUGGAUGAGCCAAAUGCUUCGUCGCCGUCGAAAACGGGCACCUUGCAAACACGAAGCGUAACUGCAUCGCAACUGGCAACCGAUUCUCCGGCAAAGAUGAAUGGUCACUACCAUGAUUCACCAGGUGGUGGAGGCUCGAACGAGGGAAGAGUGAGCAGUUUAGAGAGGCCACCACCGCCACCGCAUUCUCACAGCGUAGCCCAUAACGUGGGCAAUCUCUUACACAUGGCAGGAGACUUAGGGAAAGCUGUCGGCGAGCUUGUGACAGCGAUGACCAGCGAUGACACGUCGAAAACGAACGGGCAGAGAGCACCGCCGCCAGCUUUUAAGUAACGAUCGCACGAGCCACGUUCGAGGGCCAUUAAGGACGUCCGAAACGGCAUCAACGAACGGGAAUAAGGAAGAACGACUCGACUCUAGACAGACACGAAAAAAAACGACGAACUCUUAAUCUUAUCAUCAGUGACCAAUGAAGAAGUCUGGCUCUAAAACGCAUAUCAGAGGGACGAUAAUAUCGCGCGAAAUGCAGGGUCAGGGGCGCCGCCAUAGUGGUUUUGGGUAUUUUAUAAGUUUUGAUAUACAACCGUUGUAUAGCUAAAUUAUAUAAUUAAUAAGACAAUUUAUGGUUUGGCUUUGGCGGGCCCCUGAGAGUAACUUUAACUACAUAUUGACACGUCAUAUCAUUCGAAACUUAUCGUUGCGACGGGAGGUGGAAUAAAAGAAAUGAAUAACCAGGGGCGGGGGGAAAAGUUAAGGGAAAUAAAAGGAGAGAAGUGUCAGUUGUUAUAUGCUUGCUAGUUAAUCUAUACGA